AGCGAUGCAAUUGUUGCGGCGCUGAUGACCGCCACGGGUGGCAACGCGGCUGCCGUACGGCGAGUGUACGAGGCCCUGCUGUCGCGGGGUCGUGGCGGGGGCGCCCUGCUGGUGGGCGGGAGCGCCAUGGAGGCGCAGCUCAGCAGCGUGCGGGUCAAGACGCAGCUGCUGCGAUCUGCAACGGCUGUGUGCUACGCCGCCCUCUCGGAGGCGCAAUCCGCCACUCCAGGCGGCUUCUUCUCGCCACCUCCUUCAGCUUCCGGACCUGCCUCCGCGGCCGCAGCCGGCGGUGUGGGGCGGGCGCGGGAGGCGGGUGCGCUGGCGGAUGGAGCAGACCGACUGGCGCUGGAGGCGCGGCGUCUGGGUGGGGCGGAGUGUGAGGAGCUGGCGAGCCGACUGGAUGCCAUUCGGGCGCAGGCUGAGUCACUUCUGCGUUGAGGCGGGUUGAGGAGAGCGUCGUUAUGCGGGUUUUUGGUUUUCCGCGGGUCGAGAAGGC